CCGGUGACAUAGCUAACAUCUAUGGUCACUCGUCUUUAUAGUUUCUUCCGCCUUUUGUCACUUGCGCGGACAACUCAUUCCCUUGACCUUAUAUACUCUUGUGACCUUCACUUACUGCAUACUCGUACCGCCUGCUUGAGUCUUGUCUACUCACUUCUUUGCCGUCGUUUACGCUCUUUAUCUCCCGUCUUAGACCCAGAUGCCGAACAUGAAACCUCUCCUGGAAGACGCAAAGCGGCGAGUGGACCGUAGACUCAGUGCAAGCAGACAAUCCAUAUCAUCUAGCCGCAUAUUUUCCACUGCCUUACCUGAGCGACUAAAAGACGAUCAUGAUUCCCAGGUUGACUUUACCGCGCCACCUCGUGCAAGUGGUACUCGGGAUGGUCAGCUACCCUAUAUGCACCAGUCCAUAUUCUCGAUGAUUGCCGCCGUCGGAUCCAAAUCGGAUUUCCAUGCGCGAUUCGAUGAAUCGAGUGAUAGUGAGGGUGAGGCUGAAGGACAAACCCAAAAGCAGCCGGGAAAAGCUCUGUCGCCAUCACCGAAAGGGAGUGAGAAUGAUCCGCUUUCAUCUACUCACAAACCCCAAAGUGUCCCCGAAGGAAGAGGACGUCGCCACCGGAGGACGAUAUCUGAUAACAAGCUAUUUCGAUCUUUGAAGCCGAAUGUUAGGAGCAAGGGGACUGAGUCAAGUAUUAGCACCGAGCCUCCGACGAGCGAUGAAAUGUCCCCAAUUCCCUCUCCCAGGCGGCCGCGCAGUGCGACUCCUCGUGCAGCUCCCAUACUGAGUCGUAUGGUCGAAGCACAGGCUCUCUUAGACAAAACGCAACCCGUAGAACAACCUUCAUCGUCCUCCAAUAAGGAGACAGACGACGUCUCUCAACAAUCAGCAUCACCACUGUCUUUUAGGCUGAGAGAAAUGUUCGGGUUUGAGAAACCAGAAAAGGUACUCGUUGAGUAUGCCUGCUCCCUACUACAAAACAUCCUACUUCAGGGGUAUAUGUAUGUCACGGAGGGACACAUAUGUUUUUACGCAUAUUUACCGAGAAAGUCUACUGUGACCAUCAGGUCGGGACAUCUCUAUAAGCGUGGUCGGAAGAAUCCGAAGUACAAUCGGUACUGGUUUUCGCUCAAAGGAGAUGUACUAUCAUACUAUACGGAUCCCUCUAGCCUCUAUUUUCCUAGUGGCCAUGUCGAUCUUCGUUACGGAAUAUCUGCUUCUUUGACAGAGCAAAAGGAUAAGGACAAGGAAGCCCGAGAUUUUCAAGUCACCACGGAUCAGCGAACAUAUUACUUUAGAGCAGACAGUUCAACCAGUGCGAAAGAAUGGGUUAAAGCGUUGCAAAAGGUUAUCUUCCGAGCUCAUAAUGAUGGUGAUAGCGUCAAGAUCUCCUUCCCGAUUACGAACAUCAUAGAUAUCGAGGAAAGCCCAAUUGCUGAUCUUGCCGAGACAUUCAAGAUACGAGUGGUUGAGAGUGACGAGUCCUACGCCAUUGAUGAGUAUUAUUUCUCUUUCUUUGAAUCCGGUCGCGACGCAUAUAAUUUUGUGAAGGGGUUGAUCAGCGAGAGCAGCGUGAAAUCUUCUCAAAUAUUAGCGCCACCGCCUGAGCAAGUAUCUCCCUCGAGUCGCUCUCGUAGGUCCCGGAAUCGAUGGUCGUUAAACAGUGAUUUGAGUCAAUCUCGAGGAAAUGGGGUUAUGAAAGCGCAACGGCGACGGAGCGCAAGCACCGGCCACGUUACCUCUCAUUCCGAUGGAGUGGGAAUGUCGCCUCGAACAAGACAGCGGGAUCUGUCAGAUUCCUUUGUUAACUCCUUUGAGCAAGCAACAGAUGCUUCGGCAGUCCUGCAGUCGAUGACCGAUACAACAGAGUCUGCCAGUCAGAUCUUAAAUCGAAGCGAUGUCUUCCAGUCACCCACAAUUAAUACUUGGCAACGUUCUAGUGUAGACAGAACAGGUCGUCGGUUUUCAGACGAAACAGCACGAUCGACACAUGCCAUCGCUGCUGAUCCAGCGGCACUUGUCAAACGAAACAGGCAGGAAGUUCAACAUGCCGGCAGUGAGUCUGACCAGGACACACAACACCCCUCUAAGGUGACUUCGUCUGCGCCAACCUUGAAUGAGCUGGUGAAAGCCGGUGCAUAUCCUCUUCAGCGUGCGGCAGGAUUCGCAGAGUACCUGAGAAACCGGUCGAGGCAGAUGAGUACCCUUUUAGCAAGUGAAUCCAUGGGUUACAUUGAGAAAGUCUCUGGGAUGUGGGCUGGUGGCCGCAGACAUUAUGGAGAAACUGAAGGCAUACUACCGGAUGAUCAGGAUGUUGACCCUGAAGACAAGGAAGAUGGUGUUAAGCACGGAGACCGUUUUCGUGCUCAUUUCGCUCUGCCCUCAACUGAAAGGCUUCAAGCGACCUAUUACGCAUAUCUCCACCGUGUCCUCCCGCUUUACGGAAAAAUAUAUAUAAGCCAAAGAAAGCUUUGUUUUCGUAGUCUCAUUCCGGGAACUCGCACCAAGUUGAUACUUCCGCUCAGAGACAUUGAAAAUGUGGAGAAAGAAAAGGGCUUCCGAUUUGGAUACCAGGGGCUUGUUGUCAUCAUUCGGGGCCACGAAGAGUUGUUUUUUGAAUUCAAUACAGCGGAUGGCCGGGAUGAUUGUGCGGUCACACUUCAUCAGAGCCUCGAGUCGAUGAGGUUCCUCGUAGAGUCGGGGCUGCUAGCAGAGCAGGAGAAAGGUGAGAUCGAAACAGCACAAGCCGAACAUCGCAUGCUGCAGGAAGCCAGGUUAGAUGCUACUGGCGAACACGACUCGCACCAAUCUCUGCGGGAAUCAUCCGAGCUCCAUCCCAUUUUCGAUGAUCCUCGUGCUUCGAUUAUCAAUUUCAAGCCCUCGGAGUCAUUGCGAAUUACGUGCCUCACCAUCGGUUCGCGGGGCGAUGUACAGCCAUAUAUUGCCCUAUGCAAAGGGUUGUUAGCAGAAGGCCAUAGACCUAAAAUUGCAACCCAUGCAGAGUUUGAACCAUGGGUGAGGCAGCAUGGUAUUGACUUUGCCCCAGUCGAUGGUGACCCUGCAGAACUCAUGAGAAUAUGUGUUGAGAACGGAAUGUUCACGUAUUCAUUCUUGAAGGAGGCGUCUACAAAGUUUCGAGGGUGGAUUGAUGACCUUCUCUCAUCAGCGUGGGCCAGUUGUCAGGACAGUGAUCUUCUUAUUGAGUCUCCUAGUGCAAUGGCUGGAAUUCACAUUGCUGAGGCGCUCAGAAUCCCUUAUUUCCGUGCCUUCACGAUGCCAUGGACCAGAACAAGAGCAUAUCCACAUGCCUUCGCUGUCCCCGAGAAUAAGAUGGGUGGUGCGUACAACUAUCUCACAUACGUUAUGUUCGACACUGUCUUCUGGAAAGCUAUUGCGGGGCAGGUGAAUCGUUGGAGGAAGAAACAGCUCGGGCUGAAGGCGACUACACUUGAUAAGAUGCAGCCAAAUAAGGUUCCCUUCCUUUAUAACUAUUCUCCCUCCGUGGUGGCACCUCCACUGGAUUAUCCUGACUGGAUUCGUAUAACCGGCUAUUGGUUCCUCAGUGAAGGGAGCAAUUGGACUCCUCCGACAGAGUUGCUUGACUUCAUCCAUAGAGCCCGCAGUGACAGCAAAAAGAUUGUCUAUAUCGGGUUUGGGUCUAUUGUCGUGUCGGACCCUUCGGCUCUAACACGGACAGUCGUUGAGUCUGUUCAAAAGGCCGACGUCCGCUGUAUCCUGUCGAAAGGAUGGUCAGAUCGACUUGGAGAUCCUGCCAGUGCGAAAUCUGAGAUUCCUUUGCCACCGGAGAUUUUCCAAAUUCAAUCCGCGCCUCAUGACUGGCUUUUCUCACAGAUUGACGCGGCGGCGCAUCAUGGCGGUGCUGGAACGACUGGGGCGAGCCUUCGGGCAGGUCUUCCUACUAUCGUUAAGCCUUUUUUCGGUGACCAGUUCUUCUUCGGCACCCGCGUGGAAGAUCUAGGCGUGGGUAUCUGUAUGAAGAAGUUGAAUGUAAGCGUAUUUUCGCGGGCUCUGUGGGAGGCCACUCAUAGUGAGCGAAUGAUUGUCAAAGCUCGAGAGUUAGGUGCACAAAUUCGAAGUGAAAACGGUGUGGAUACUGCUAUCCAGGCUAUAUAUCGUGACCUCGAAUACGCUAAAACACUGGCUCGACAGCGCUCAAUUGUUUCGUCAACCCCAUUCUCGCCAACGCCCUCCGCCAAACCUAUGGCUGAGCAAGAAGAAGACGAUAUGGCUGACAGUGAAGAAUGGACAUUUGUCGGUGACGACACAGAAAUUGAUGUUUCGAGACGGCUGCGGGAUCGAGCUGUGUCCGAUGUUGAUAUGCUACCCGCGCCAAUUACUAACGCGCCAUAGGGUAACGACCAACGUGCAACAAUACUUAUUAGGUUAUGACUUACGAUCUGCUUAUUUACCGGAGAUACAGAUGUUGCUUAGCUGCUCUGCUCGACCUUUACCCCUUUCUUAUAUUUACUUCCUCUUCUUCUUUCCCGUUCCCUUUCGAAGAGAUUGCAUGGGUUUAGAUGGUUUACGAGGGUCUCCCCUCAGC